CAUCAUGCAUGUGUUAAUAAAUAAAUGAAUAAAUUUAUAAUUAAUUAUACCUACAUUUUUACCUUCACUACCUCUCUUCCCCCACACAGUAACUUUCCCGCUCAAAGUCACCUUCGCUCUGGCUCUUUGAAUUCUACAUUCUCUUCUGAAACAAGUACCGGUACAUCUCCGCGCUGGGUUCCUUGGGAUCCCCCUGAGUUCUCCGGAUCCGUGCCAGUGACCCUGGGAUAGCUAGCUUUAUAAAGUGCCACCUUGAGAGGAAGUGUCUAACGCCUAUACUUGUUUUCUUUCCUCUUUUAAUCUAGACUGAUCUCUGUUAUCGAUAUUCGGCCCCUCUUCCUUGGACGCGAGCAAACAUAGUCUUCUUACCCUCUUCCAAGAUCAUGAUUCGUCGCAACUCAGAUAUCGAGAUCCAGCUAUCUGGUCCUCCUACCACUGAUUCUGUAAAUGAAGCAGAUAUAGAUAUGCUGUCUGAUGACCAAGCACCGCCACUGAGUUUACCUGCCCGUCUUGCCGCUCGCUUCUCUCGAAAGCCGAGUGUAGUUCGACGCUCUUCUGCGGCUUCAUCUCGUCGGAGUUCGAUCUCAUCUUUACAUUCCCACCAUCCAAGCACCUCUUCUCAUAUUGCAUCUCCCACCGACCACAUCGCGCAACAUCUCAGACGUGCUUCCAUUCUCGAGAGCCGGAAAGCGAGGCUCGCAGACCGUGCCCUACAUGCAGAGAAAGUGCGGCUUCGCGCUGCCCUUUCUAAAGCUGCCUCCAGAAACUUGCAAAGAGAGGAGAGAGCGCUGGCCGCCCAGCAAGCUCGCGAACGACUAUUGGCGGAGAUUACCGCCAAAUGCGAAGAGGAGGUUCGUCGUGCGAAGAAGAAGGCUGAAGACAACAGGGAGAGGAAAGCUGCAGAACACGCCAGGCUUCGGUUGGAACUGGCAGAGAAGUUUGCAGAGGCCGAGAAGCGGCGUGUGCUCUACCAGCAAAGCCAUCGACGUCAUCGUACAAGCAGCUUGCCUGCUAGCGAAGAGAAGAAGAUGGCCAAGGCGGUCACCAACUCGCUUACACGGGAUGCAGCCGCGAGAACCAUACAGCGGAUAUGGAGGGAUUAUCAUGCAAAAAUGGUUAUGCAAGAGUUUCGAGCUCUGGGCCUGACAACCAACCGCAUCCAGCACAUGGAAUUUGAGGAUGUUGGGUCUCUGCUCUCGGAAGAUAAAGUCUUGACUCUGACCGCUAGUGUCCUUCGACUUUGCGGGAUGCAAGAUAUGGAAAGUGGCACAAUGGGCGGAAGGGGUGCCGUGCGCACGUUUCUUAGCAGUUACUUAAUCGUAACCCAUCCCGCUGAAGUGUUGAGUAGCAACGGCGAACAAGAGCAAGAUCUAAUUGCUAAAGCACGUGAACUCAUCGUGGCGUUCGAACAAGCCACGCCACUGCUUUCUGCUGGUUGCUCCUCAAUGGCGACCAGUUCCACGGAGCUUCAGACACUGUGCGAGGCUUACAAUGUUUUCUUUUCUGCAUUUCAUGCCUGGAAAACUCACGACUCCAGCGUCUUGAUUGAGAUCAUGCUGGCCCAGUUCGUUGAGCUGGAGCAUAUCUGGCAGACGGUAAAGAAUGAUCGAGCUGGUGGUGUAGCAGAUGAUUAUCGUCAGGGUAUCAGGCAAAAUCAGAUUCUGCUCCUCGCCAGGCUGAAGCGAUUAGCCGGCUCGGAUAGGGCAAUGCAGAUGGUGCGAGACUCUUUGAAGAGGGCCAAGCGUGAGAAGAGGCGUACUACUUCCAAACAAGCUAUUCCGCGGUCUGCAGAAGUUGCGCCUUCGUCGACCGAAGCCCUCACUGAGAGUGUUGCAUCUCCUAUCAGCGAGACGUUUAAUAAUGUGGACAGUACUGUUUUGCGGGAGUUGGAAAAGGAGCGGAUCUCCCCGCAUGAGCGCUUCACAAGGAUUCUAACUGCGCUUCCAGAAAACCGUGCUUUAGUGCAUGAGCUUCUCAUCAAUAAAGAGUUCAAGAUUGAGGAGACGCAGUACACGGAGCCACGUAAACAAAUCAUGAAACAUAUGUGCAAUGUGAUGCGCAAAGAUGUGGAGGCCGGGCUAGGCACGAAUUGGACCGUGGCUAUGGCCACAGUAAUCCAGGAUCGAUUAUUACGUUCGCUUCGUCCGGGUAAUUCACUACACGUACUGAUUAGCGAAGUGCUGGACCCUAAAUUGGUUGAAAAUCAAUGUAAGGCCGGUGCUUUCUCCUACGAUAGCUUCUUCAACUUCAUGGACACAAUUUUACCAAAACUUUGUGCUCCUUACCGGGAUCCCGUGGUCAAGGCGUUUGCGGAAGAUACUUCAGGGGAUGCGAUUGAUCGUCUGGCGAGGCUGAUGGGGAUCAUUGACUUGCUGUCUCUUGAUCAUACGAACUUUAUGAUCCAGCUCGCUGCCCCUCAACUUAUCCAAGAAGCUCCUGGGUAUGAACAAAGAACUUUCGACAAGGGCCUUCAUGACGGAUCCUUGAGCUUGGGAAAAACUAGGCGCUUCUGGCGAACACAUCGCAAGAUCAUUGUAGACGAGAUGCGGAAGCGUGACCCGGAGAAUGUCAAUAAGGAGCCUCAGCCGCCUACCUCGAAGGUUUAUGCUCAAGGCCUUGUGGACCUUGUUUUGAGCAAUGCCCCGGUGUCUGACGAUCUAAUCCCUGAAACUUUGGACCUGGAUCGUGAACGAUUAGCCAGACUGCACGCGCAAGCAUUGAAAAUCGCAGCCACUGCGUCUAUUUUACUGACCGCCAAGAAUCUUCUCAAGCGUGACGUGCGAUCGCAAUGGAAGGCUGAAGCGGAUCGUAUCCUAUCUUUACAGUUUAAUGACAUUCAACCCGGUCGAGUACAGUCGAUUUUAGAGUCAACACAUCCCAUGCCUCCCAGUGCUAGUGCCCAACUUGCAGCGACUAUCCGGAGGGUAUUGGCGCCAGCCACCAAGGCCUGCGCGGCUGUUUCUUCCUUCGUAGCAACGCAGACGACGGUUGAGAUUCAUACAGAAGCGUUCACGCCAGAUGUACCGGAAUCCACAGACCCGGGAGAUCCAAGUAGAAAUGAUUUCGGAGCGGCUAGCUUCACAGACCCUGUUGCACGACUCAUCCUCUCGCGCUUGCGCGCCCAUAUCCUCUCCCGCCUCAGUGCAUCAAGUGCAACUGAAAGGGUUCGUGCUACGACGACUGCCAGCCAGAGCCUGGCGGGUGCGGGUAUGCCUGAGUUUGUCAACGAGGUUGGGAAAUUGAUCGAAGAGCUGGAGAAAGUGCGUGAAGUGGACUGGCUGUGUCAUGGUAUGGUCUAUGAGCGGAUCCUAAGGGAAGGCAUCGCGCCGGUCCCUGCGUCAUGAAGGUAUCCAACUUAAAGGGACCUGUGCAGAUCAUAUUGAAUGAAGUUUCCUUGUUUACGCUCUCUCUUCUGCUGCCUUCCUGAAGCUGUCUCUCUCGGGGGGGCUUCCUCCCUCACUUAAUAGUAUCACGAAAUUGAUUAUGGGGCAUAUACUGU